AUGAGAACAUCACCAGUGGUGACUACAGCAACACCAGGAUCAUACUACUACCAACCACCAGAACAAGCCACAUUUACAGGUUUACAACAACAGCAUCGUCCUCAGCAACCACAACAGUUACAGCAUCAACAUUCAUCUUCAACGACCUAUGGAUACAACCCUCAACAACCCAUAACAUCUGCAUUUCCUUCAUUUGACUAUUCUGGAGCAUUCAAGAUACCAGAAUAUGCAACAGCACCAAUACCACAACAACUCCCACCAUCGCGUGUGCUUUCUUCAAGUACACCUCAACAACAACAGAACUACCCCGUGCCUUCACAAUCUUCGAUAUUGCGAAAUGUCACUACUUCAUUAUCACCAGCAGCAGCAGCGGUUUUUAGACAGCACCAAAAGAACAACUUAUCGAUAUCAUCGCAUUUCAAUCUCGUGUCUUUGAGUCCCGGCGAUAAGAGACCAGGUUCGAACCUCGGGGCUUCCCGUGUAGUCACCCAACAACACUCAUCUGACAAUUCGGUAAUUAAUGAUUUGCUAAUUAAUUUGACUUCGGUUGAUGGGUCCAACAUCAACAACUACCUUUUAUCCAUCUUGUACAAAUUGAAUACCCCUUUGCCAGUGGAUGAUUUCUACAAUUUACUAUACAAUAAUGACAGGUUACGACAAUUGCUUGAUAUAAAUUAUCACCAGAAGUUGGACAAAACCAUGGUUCCGUAUUCGAAUUGUGAGUUUUCCAUUGAUGUGAUUAAUCAGUUAUUGAAUGUAUUCAAGAAUCCCAACUUGUUAAUGGAGUAUUUACCCAGCAUGGAAGAUAAAGAGAAUAAAUUGUUGAACAUUAACUAUCAUGAAUUGUUAAGGACAUUCCUUGCCAUUAAGAUUUUGUAUGAUAUCUUGAUUCAGUUACCGUUAGGAGCAGAAGAAGAUCCACAAAGUUACACCAUUCCAAGAUUGUCCAUUUACAAGACUUAUUUCAUCAUUUGUCAAAAGUUGAUUUGUAAUUACCCCAGCUCUUCAAACACCACUAAUGAGCAGCAAAAGUUGAUUCUUGGGCAAUCUAAGUUGGGGAAGUUGAUCAAGUUGGUUUAUCCCAACUUGUUGAUCAAGCGGUUGGGAAGUCGUGGUGAAUCCAAGUAUAACUAUCUUGGAGUAAUUUGGAAUGAGAAUAUCGUCAACGAUGAAAUCAAACAGUUGUGUGAUCAGAACGAGUUGAAUGACUUGAAUGAGAUUUUUAGUGGUGAUACAAGAAUGUCAAACCAAUUGCUCGGAGCAACCAUGAAGAGAACGGGGACCCAUAGAAGAAAUUCUUCCAAACAUAAAAGGAUGGCUCCCAGCAUACCGCACCUUGCGCUGGACUCAAACCAACCAUUAUCAUCACCCAAUCUCUCCUCGAUCAAACCACUUUUGAAAUUCCCUGCCGGUGACAACUUUAGUAUUUUGACGUCGGAAGAAGAAGACAAUUGGUUUAACCAAGUGCUUUUUGAGUGUUAUAAUCGGAUUGGGAUUUUUGGACCAAACUUGAUCCAUGAAAUCUUUUUGAAACCCGAGAAUUUGGUAUCUAACUCAAGCCUCUUGCAUAACUUGAUGGAAUCGUUGAUUAAACCGUUGAAUGUGCAAACUACUAUACCCAAUGUUGAUUUAUGUUUGUAUUUGGUUAUUUUGAUUGAGAUAUCUCCAUAUUUGCUCUUGAUUAAAUCAUCCACUAAUAUAAGUUUAUUGAAAACGUUGAGAUUAAACUUGAUGCAUUUAAUAAACAAUCUUAAUUCUGAGUUGAAGUUGUUGGAUUCAGAAAAGUUUCCCAUUAACAAUUCUACCAUUUUCUUGAUUAUGAUUAAGAAGCUCAUCAACCUUAAUGACUUGCUAAUCACCUUCAUCAAGCUUAUAAAUAAGGAUAGUCGCAAAUCAAUGAUGUCGACAGAUAUUGAAAACUUCCUUAAGAUAAACAGCCAAACUUUGAAAUUGGAAGAUCAAGAUGAUGAAAACCUCUUGUUUAACUUGAAUACAAAUCUAACCACUACAUCGAUGGGGGAGAUCAAUUUCAGUUUCAGAAAUGAUAUCUUGUCCAAUGAUUUGGUGUACACAUUGAUUGGAUAUAACUUUGAUCCGAACAUAAACAAUGAGUUGAAGUCAUCCAUUCUGAUGAAGUUUAUUAAUGAAGAAAUUAAUAUAAUUGAUGAUUUCUUCAAGAAUGAUUUGCUCGAGUUUUUGAAUUCAAGUUUUAGCAGCAAUGAAGAAGCCAAAGACGAAGAAGAACUGGGUGAGGCAAACGAAGCGGUGUUAUCAAGUAAGGAGUUCUCGCGAUUGCAAGCGUUGAUCAACUUGAUCGAUAAGCGAUUACUAUCACAACAUUUCAAAUCAAAAUACCCCAUUCUUAUCUACAACAACUACAUCACCUUCAUCUUGAAUGAUAUUUUGAAAUACAUCUUUUUAAAGCAGCAGCAAUCACAACUACUGAAUAUGCAGCGAAGUAGCCAGGAUCUAGAAGGCGGUUCCAACAAUAGUUUUGGAAAUUGGUGGGUGUUCAAUUCAUUCAUACAAGAAUACAUGAGUUUAAUGGGUGAGAUUGUCGGAUUACAUGACUCACUCUAAAAUGGGCAGUAUUAUAUAUUAAAAAAGGAUAUC